AUGUCGUACUUCCUUCCGUCGUACUUCCAGAAGCGCCUUCUUCGAUACCUCCUCAACCGACUUGACUUCCUUGACUCGGACGAAUUUGACCUCGACAACUUGGGACUCAAAUGGGGCCAGCGAACAGUUGUCGAACUCAAGAAUGUGGGCAUCAAGACAAAGAGAGUGACUGACCUUCUUCACCUUCCACCUUCCCUCGUCCUCAGCCAUGCCUCGAUCAAAGUACUCCGCUUGACCGUUCCCUCAGACCUCCAUAUCUCUGGCAUUGAAGUCGAACUCGAAGGCGUCGAUGUCAUAGUGAGUGUCCGACCACAGCUCGCCGCAGGCGCAACGGCACCCACGUCUCGUUCAAAAGGUGGAUCUGCCCUCAACAGGACAGACCGUGCGAACCUCCCUCGGUUAUCCUCUCCUUCCGUACAUGAUCCUGGUGGCAGACAUGGAAGAGGAGGCCACCUGGAGUUGUCACAAGUCAUUCCGAGACCAGAAGAUCUGGCAGCGUCGUUUCUGGAGGCAGAAUCACCUGGAGAAAGAGAUGAACUGCAAGCAGCCCUCGAGUCACAAUCCCAGACACAGAUGCAAGAAUCUGUGGUAUCUUCAGCCUCGAGCGAGGAUGUGGGCCUCGGCAUGCCCGGUGGACUGUCCCUCCCUACCUUCGUCGCCAACUUCCUCAAGGGUGUGGCAGACCGGUUGGCUGUCAAAGUCAACGACGUAAAUGUUGUCUUGGAGAUGGACCUCUCGGUGCCGGCUACCGGGUCAGCGGAAACAACCAAAUUCAUGCUCUCAGUGGGAAGCAUUGGCGUGGAUGCAAAGCAGAAGGCAGAAAAAGAGGAGGCUCAGCCAGAUGCAAGACGAUCAGUCACGAUUGAGGACAUCCAGCUGUUUGUUCUGUCAGAGUCCGAGAACUUUUCGGAACUGUCAGGCUUAAGCUCGCCCAAGUUGACCAGAUCACGGCCUCGACUGACGCAGCCGACGGGUUCCCUUAGCGACUACAGUGACCGCGGUCUGUCAAGCAGUGCCAGCCUCAGUCAACACUCAGACCGGUCAAAACUCUCAUCUGCCUCUCUAAGCAACUCAGCUCUUGGGCUCGGACUCGAGGAUGCAGCUCUAUCGGAUUCUGCCAUUUUUGGGCGAACGUCAAGAACUGCCUCCGCUUUGCGAGACUCAUCAGAUGAGUUCUUCCCAACUGAUAAUCGGACUCACGUGGAAACAGGACAGAGAAUAGUGCCUCAGGGCGGUGCUCAGGUUGCUCAGCACUUGGUCAGUCACUCAGAAAAUUUGGAAGAGUCUAGGACGUUCACGCAUGCUGAAGCUGAGAGCAUGUAUAUGAGUGCAAUGAGCGAUAUGCCCAACAUGCCUGGUGGGUUCGGGUGGGCACGACCGAUACCGGAAACGGAACGAGAUCAAAUCUCUCAAGAGCCCGAAGACACAGACGAGCCGCCAAUUGCUUUGACGCGAGCGCCUGAGCAGCUCGUCCGAGAAGAAGAUGUCCCAGCCGCGGUGCAGCGACAACCUUCCAGUGAACCUGGAGUAACAAAUGAGGGCGUACUUGAGGGUAGCCUAGCAUCGUACUUCCAAUCGCGGAUUCUACAUGUGGAUACUGUCCGGCUACAGAUACCCGAGCCUCAUCACCAGGAGAGUUCCUCGAGUGAACAGCGGCCGGUUUCGCCACCGUACCAAAGUCAUGCCUCUCAAAUUCGUCAAUCUUACGCCGCAGGAAGAAGCUCGCCAAGUACUUUCCUGAGCGAUUCACGCUUACUGUCUGCCCGCCCUAUCACUCAGGGGCAGACCGUUGCGCAAUCAAAAGAUAGCCUGAGCGUCGAAGUCGGAGUCAUAUCAUUUGACCUCGACAUCAUGAUCUGUCGUAUUCUUGUAAGAGCGACUCAGACUGCUUCGGAUGUCAUCCCAGCAAUACAGCAAUCAAAAACUACGGCUCCUGCUCAGAACUCUCCUCUUCCAAAUAUCAGCAUCAAGGACAUAUCUCUGCACGUAUGUGAGUCGGUGCCGAAGAAACCGCCCAGCAAAGUGGGAGUACAGACUAUGGAGUCGAUCCUCCCCAGUCAGGAGGCUCUUCUGAAGCUGUCCUUCUCUUCUAUAAGCUUCUCCUCAACUUCAAUUCCAGAAAGCCGGCUGUCGAUAUCGAAGAUCGUGAUGACGCACGGCUCAAGAGAAGUGCUUUCAUUCGUCGACUCGAUCAACGUACGAGACUCGAUAGCGACCAGCUCCAUGCUCAGACCUCAUGACGUCCUGAUUACCAUGACAGACAACCGGUUUGAAGUCCAGAUCAAACCGGUUCAUGUUGUCCUGGACCUUUUAGUCAUUGAUGAUGUCCUCAGCAGAAGUGGCGGCUUGAGUUCACUAUUGGAUCUGGGAAACUCCAUUAUGUCGACAAAUACCGUGAAAGGCCCGGUGCCUGCGCCGGCACCUGAACCAAAGUUGCGCACGGUGAGGUUUAAUAACCCUCGGAGAAGACAACGGGCGGAAAGUGACCCGUCGUCAACAUCGCUGAAGCUCGACGUAAGAGUCUCGGGAGCAAUUCUUGACUUGAUUGGAUCCGAGUCUUCUAUCAAGAUAAAGUCAUCAGCUAUCAAGACGGUUUAUCGCGAUAGCAAUUUCAGGCUGGUCAUUGACGGCGCCGCUAUAGAGGGCCCAUUAUUUGCUGGCUCUAGGUCUCGUGGGGUCAUCUACGCGAAGAUCCGCAAUAUCGAGCUCCACUACUCGAACUCCCCGGAUGACGAUGACCUAGACAGGCUGCUGUCUCUAAUCACGCCUUCAAGCGACAAAUAUGAACAGGAUGACGACAUCAUGGUUGAUACGCUGUUGAGGCAGCGUCGGAAAGGUGGCGUGUUGCGCCUAACUGUCGGUGACCUACAGGCUGGAGCUCAGGGACUUCGCUGGAUGCCGCAUCUUGCCAAGGUUGCGGACGAAAUCUCGAAGCUUUCAUCAGUCACCAAGUAUCUGCCUGAAGAUGAUCGUCCUGGUGUACUUACGUUCGCGCUGCUCAAGAAGCUCGACGUCCGCUUCGAUGUUGACGAAGCAUUUGGUCCGCUCAGGCUCCAGGUCGAACUUGCAGAAGGAGCUCACAUCAAUGUCCCUUCACUUGCUGCGGCCCAGAUUGCAGCUUGGACGUUAUCACGUAAGGAUGAUGUCCUCAUUGGCGAUGUGCUUCCCCAGAGCAAGACUGUCCUGGGCCCACCUAUGUUUAUGUGUCGCUUCAUCGCGGAUGAGAUGGAACCGACUGUCCGAUUGAAACUCUCGAACACCUGCAUCGAGUACAAGGUACCUGUAAUUGUUGCCCUUACAGCGCUCGCCGAGCGUCUGAAGACAGAGGAGACGGUAGCCAAGCAGACCAUUGCUUCGCCUCCCUCCAGUCCAUCCUUGUCCGCUGCUGGUAGUGUCGAUGCGAACUCACUGGCCAGAAAGAUCAGAGUUUCUCUUGCGUUCAGAGACUCGGCAAUCGCACUCAAUCCAGAUCGAAGCCCAGCAAAAGGUCUUUUCGUAUUGACGGAUGCCGUCCUACGGCAUGAGAACCAGAAACGGGGUUCGGCUGAUACCCUUGACAUCAGAAAGGCUUCUCUUCUGAUUAUCAAUGAUGUCUCUACUAUUGGGCUCGAAUCUGGGAAUGUCGACCACAAACUGUAUUUCGAGGAGAACGACCAAGUUCAGCAGCUGACAAAGGCUGGUUUCGUUCCUGUCGGGUCCAUGUCAUCUGCCUCUGCCAUCAUUCAUGUCAUCAAGGACGAAGUCACCUCUGAAAGCAGAUUGGACGUCGAGUUCCGCAAUAAUCUGCUGUUUCUCGAGACUUGCGCCGACUCCACGCAGACUAUGAUUCAGAUUCUGGGUGGAUUAGCUCCUCCAUCGCCACCGUCAAAGGUCGCAAAAUACAGAACCGAGGUCGUUCCGAUUCAGGACAUGCUAGCUUCGUUUACUGGUAACGCUUUCGUAUCGGAGCCAGGUCCCGAGCUUGGUCUUCAAGCUUCACAUCAUACGGUCACUGCUGGAUCUGCGGCGGGUGCCGUCGAGGACUCCGACAGUGAAGAGGACGACAAAGAUUUUAUGGGCAUGUACGGCGACGCGGAUGAUGCUGACGACGAAAUGACCGCAAGCCACGUCGAGUCAGAUCUUGGCCGUUCGACCAUGACUGAAAGUACUCAUGUAGCUCCGGUAGGUGCUACAGGCUCGGAUGCUGGCGAUAUGAGCGAGAGUGUGAUGAUGCACAGCCUGUUGGACUUCAGAGCAGAUCACUUCGUACCCAAAUCUUCCGUGGGCGGCACGGCACAUCGCUGGAAUUCGACUCACAAUACAUACGGCCUGGCAACUGACGCAAUGUUUGAACAGUCACCACUGAAGGUCCGCAUCAGGGACGUCCACAUCAUAUGGAAUCUAUUCGAUGGAUACGAUUGGCAGUAUACCAGAGACACGAUUUCACAAGCUGUGAAAGAAAUUGAGAACAAAGCUAUGGCAAGACGUCCUCGAAGUAGUAGUCGCGCUCCAGGGGCCGAGGAAGAGGACGAGUCUGUCAUUGGAGAUUUCUUAUUCAACUCGAUUUAUAUCGGCAUUCCGGCAAACAAAGAUCCACGCGACCUGGCAAACGCAAUCAAUCACGAUAUUGACGACUUGGUGAGCGAGACGGGCAGCUAUGCUACAGGGACAACGAUUACAGCGACUACGUCCAGACGUACGUCGGGAACCGUGCCACGUCAGAAGAAGCUCAAGCUCCACCGCAGCAAGCACCACAAGAUGGCGUUUGAGCUGGAGGGAAUUUCAGCCGACUUCCUGGCGUUUCCUGCUGGCAGCACCGAAGUUCAAAGCUCGGUUGAUGUCCGUAUCAAAAAGUUGGAGAUCUUCGACCAUGUCCCGACGUCGACUUGGAAGAAGUUUGUCACGUAUAUGCAAGAUGCGGGCGAGCGCGAACACGGCGCCAACAUGGUCCACAUUGAAAUGCUCAACGUGAAGCCCGUGGCGGACUUAUCAGCCUCAGAAAUGGUGCUGAAAGUCACGGUCUUGCCACUGAGACUACAUGUUGAUCAAGAUGCGUUGGAUUUCUUGACUCGAUUCUUCGAGUUCAAAGAUGACAGCGUCCCGGCGGACGGUGGCUCAUCAAGUCCACCCUUCUUACAACGAGCGGAGAUUAAUGCUGUGCAGGUCAGACUCGACUACAAACCCAAGAAAGUGGAUUAUGCAGCACUCCGGUCUGGCCGGACAACCGAGUUCAUGAAUUUCGUUGUACUCGACCGUGCUGAUAUGGUCCUACGCCGAGUGAUCUUGUACGGUGUGCCCGGAUUGGAGCGUCUAGGUCUCAUGCUGAACAGUAUCUGGACGCCAGACGUCAAGCGCAACCAGCUGCCCGGAGUUCUGGCUGGUUUGGCACCUGUCCGACCUCUCGUCGACGUGACUAGCGGCGUGCGAGACCUCAUCGCGGUGCCCAUUCGCGAGUAUCGCAAAGACGGAAGACUCGUCCGAAGCAUUCAGAAGGGGGCGUUGGCGUUUGCGAAGACUACUGCGACUGAGCUUGUCAACCUUGGGGCGAAGAUGGCCAUUGGUACACAACAGAUUCUGCAGAACACCGAAGAGAUACUCGUGUCUCGCGAGGAGCGGGGUGAUGUGGCCGACGACGACGAAGGCCGGAAACAGAUUUCGCUGUAUGCGGAUCAACCGAUUGGCAUCAAGCAAGGACUGAGGACAGCAUAUGCAAGUCUGGAACGAGAUUUGUUGAUCGCAAAAGACGCCAUCGUGGCAGUUCCCGGCGAGGUCAUGGCCAGUAGCUCUGCCAAAGGUGCUGCUGCAGCCGUGCUGAAACAGAGCCCGACUAUCAUUCUGCGGCCAGCGAUUGGAGCCACCAAGGCCGUUGGGCAGACACUGAUGGGCGCUGGCAACAUGCUGGACAGACAGAAUCUGCGGAGGAUUGAUGAAAAGUACAAGCGGCAUUGA